CUGCGUACCUCGAAGUCACCAACCACGUCUAUAAAUUGAUGAUCUCCGGAGGCCAGAUAGAAGAUUCAAGCCCUAGGGCAUUAGUGUUGACGCCUUGACGGGGUGCAGCUGGACGGUAUCAGGACCUUGAUUCGCGGAAUUCCUACACGGUUUGAUUGUUAGGGUUUCUGUCAUCUCUUUGGUGCAUCCUUUUGAAAGCCUAGUUUUCUGAGAACUCCAUCGUGUAAGAAUCUUGUUAUCGGAGUUGCUUUCGGAAACCAUUUAUUCUUCUUGGGAAGGAGGUUAUUUCCGGCUUCGCCUGCUAAGAUGGCUUCCAAUAAACUUUCUACUGAGGCGAUUGCAUUAACUGAGAAAAAGAUGGACAUGACUUUAGACGAUAUUAUUAAAAUGUCCAAAAAAGUCCCCUUUAAAGGAAAACAGGCUCCUAGGACAUCGAAUAAAAGCCAGGGAUUCCUGAAUGACCGUGUUGCUCAGCGUAAUGCAAAAGUUCAGAGGUUUAUGAACACCAGAUCGGCCAUUAGGCAGGGUGUGCUUGCUCAGAGAAGAACAAACUUUAAAGGGAAUCAGUUCCCAGUGACCACAGAGGUUGCAAGAAGGGCUACUGUUGUCCCUAUUCGCAAUAGGGCGGUCAAUCCAAUCAAGCAAAGGGCUGCAGCUGUUCCAAUUCGAACAAAUGCCGGUGAUGGCAAUUUUGCUGGAAAGAAGCAAGCGGUGAAUAACAAGCAAAAACCAAAGACCUUGGAUGCUCUCUUUGCAGGCAUGAAGGAGCAGAGGAUAAGAACCAUGUCCCAGCAGCUGGGGCGUGGCCGCGGACAAGCUGGACAGAGGCGUGGUCGCCAGAACCAGCAGCAGAGAGGAUGGAUUGGGGCAGCAAGUGGUGGUUCUGCUGCUCGAUAUGGGGCACAGUUUGGCAAUUUUGGAAGAUGAAAUGGCUGAAUCCUGUUGGACUAGCUUUGUGGGGAUGAACUUCAAGCUGGAACUACACUGUUCGGUGCCGGUUCGUUUCAACUUUUCUGUGUUUUCAGUGUAUGUGAGUUGCUGAUAUAUGGUUUGGUAUUCCUUAUUUUGGAUGGACACAACCUUCUUUUUAAAAAAUAUAUUUGUAGAAGUCUGAGUUGCAAUGAAGCUCCAGUUUCUUUUCACUAGAGUUGUUUAUGCUUUGCAAUAACAUUUGGUUUUUCUUU